GCUCGAGAAUUUGGGUUCACAAGUGGAGCAAAACGCUACCACAGGAGUACCAUCCCCCCUGACCGUGGAGCGGGAACCAAAUAUUCCACACCCACCGCGUUAUGGUGGUGAACCUGGGCUCGGUGGACAAUUUCUUCACCAAUGCUCGUUGGUGUUCGACCGACAACCAUACACCUAUGCAAAGGAUAAAACCAAGGCGGCAUUUAUAAUGAGUCUGUUGACUGGUCAGGCGGCGUCAUGGGCGUUGGAAGUGAGCAAUGCCAAACCCGGGCUUCGGUCUUCCUUCCCUGAUUUCGUGGCAGAGUUUCGUCGGGUCUUCCACCAGCCGGAUAUGGGAAGAGAGGCCGAAGGUCGGUUAUUAGAUUACCGGCAAGGAAAGCAAUCAGUGGCCGACUACGCUAUUUCCUUUCGUAUUUUGGCUGCCCGAAUUGGUUACGGGGACUGCGCCCUUUGUGGAUUGUUUCGUCGCGGUUUAAAUUCAUCCUUGAAAGAUGAACUGGCUACCCGCGAUGACAGCACUAGCUUGGAGGAACUCAUCAACCUGGCCCUCUUACUGAACAAUCGUAUGCGGGAAAGAGAGCGGGAAUGCGGAAGCGAAGGGGGCCAUGUUCGUUUCCAGCCCCGACAUGCUGGAGGCCAGUCUGCUUCCCAUGAGUCCUCGCGGUCGUCCGGACCAGAGCAUCACACCGGUACCGGGGCUGUCGUCGCAGAAGGGGAGCCUAUGCAGCUGGUAGGAGGACGUUUGGGUCCGGAGAAGUCCAGGUCAGGACUUCCCAGGAGACUAGAGCUGGACGGUACUAUUUAUGGUCUGGCCGGCACCUCGAGCAAGUUGGGGCCUCGCUUCACGGGACCGUUCAUGGUGGAAUCGGUCAUUAGCCCCGUCUCCGUCAAGUUCCGGCUGCCGCCCACCAUGAAGGUCCACCCCGUCUUCCACAUUUCCCUGCUUAAGCCGGUAGCCACCAGUCCCUUGGCUCCUCCUCCCACCUCGCCUCCUCCUCCGCGCAUUAUCGAUGGUGACCCGGUGUACACGGUGCAGGAAAUUUUGGACUCUCGGCGCAGGGGUAAGGGGUUCCAGUAUCUGGUCGACUGGGAGGGCUACGGCCCGGAGGAUCGGCAGUGGGUCCCCCGCUCCUGGAUCUUGGACCCGUCCCUUCUCCGUGCUUUCCACGCUGCGCACCCAUCGAAGCCGGGUGGUCCGCCAGGAGGCGUCCGUUGAGGGGGGGUACUGUCACAGUUCUGUUUUCGGUCUGGCCAGCAGGUGGCAUGAGCGGACUUCUGGGUGCACACCUGCUGCCAAUCUAUGAUUAUGAGACUCUGUAUUUAAGGACUCUUCUGCUGUGCACCUGAUGUCGGAGUAUUGCUUUUGCCUUGCUGCUUCCUUGCUCAUAGACUAUUUUGCUAUAGAGCUCGUUGUUUUUCGCUUUUUGAACACUCGGUACCAAUGGUUUUGUAAGUAUGGUUUUUGUUUUGUGAUUUGGCUUUCGCUUGCGUUUAUUUGAUACGUUGUUUUUUUGUUUGUUUUCUCGGUUCUUAUUUUCCUCCCUUGCCUUUUAUGCAAGCGCUUUUUGUUAUUCGUUUUUGUGCCCUCUGGUCCUUGUUUUGACCAGCGCUUUAUGUUACUUCUUUGUCGGUGCGAUUUUACUAUAUUAAAACCUUUUUUGCUACGGAGA